AUGUGGGGUGUGUGGGGGUAUGUUUUGGGUGUGGGUUUUUGGGGGGGGGGGUUGUUUUGGGGGAGGGUUUGUAAGGGUUUUUUUUGGGGUAAUGUGUGGGGUUGGGUUUAUGUGGGGGUGGUUUUUUUGUUGUUGGUUUGGGUUGUUUGGGGGGGAUUAGGGGGGGGGGUGGUUUGGGAGGUUGGUUGUUUUGUGGUUUGGUGGGGUUUUAGUGGUGUGUUUGGGGGGUUGGGUUGUGGGGGUUUUGGUAUUGGGGGUUGUGGGGGGGGGGGUGGGUUAUGGGUUGGGUGUGGGUGUUUUGGGGGGGUUUUGGGGUGUGUGGUUUUGUGGGGGUUGGGGGGGGGGGGGUGUGGGGUGUGGGGGGGGGGGGGGGGUGGGGUGGGGGGGGGGUUGGGGGGGGGGGUUUUGUUGGUUGGGGUGGUUGGGGGGUGGGGGUGUGGGGGGUGUGGGGGGGGGUUGGGGGUGGGGUUGGGGGGUGUGGGGUGGGGGUGGGGGGGUGGUGGGGGGGGGGGGUGGGUGUGUUUGGGGGGUGGGGGUUUGUUGGGGGGGUGGUGGGUGUGGGGUGUUUGGGGUGGGGGUGGGGUGGUGGGGGGGGGGGGGGUUGUUUUGGUGUGGGGUGGUGUUUGGGGUGGUGGGGGUUGGGGGGGGGUUUGGGGUGGGGUUGUGGUGUUGGGGGUGGGUGUGUUUGUGGGGGGUGGGUGGGGGGUGUGGGGGGGGGGGGGGGUGUGUGGGGGGGGGGGGUGUGGGGGGGUGGGGUGUUGGGUGUGGUGGGGUGGGGGGGGGGUGUGGGGGGGGGGUGGGGGUUGGGGUGGGUGGUGUGGGGGGGGGGGUGGGUUGGUGGGGGGGGGGGGGUUUGGGGGGGGUUUGGGUGGGGGGUUGGGUGGGGGGGUUGUGGGGUGUGGGGGUUGUUGUUUGGGUUGGGGGGGGGGGGUGGGUGGGGGUGUGUUUUGGGUGGGGUGGGUGUGGGGGUUGGGGUGGGGUGUUGGGUGGGGGGUUGUGGUGGGGGGUGUGUGGGUGGGUGGUGGUGGGUGGGGGGGUGUUGGUGGGGUGGUGGGUGGGGUGUGGGUUGGUGUGGGGUGUUGGGGGGGGUUGGUGUGGUGGGGGGGUGUUGGUGUGGUGGGUGUGGGGUGUUGUGUGGGUGGGGGUGGGGGGGGAAGAGAUUGUUUGGGUGAAGUUGUGGGGAGAGGAGUGUGGAAGGGGGAGAGAUAA